GAACAGUGUUUGAAAGUGCCGUAAAGCGGGCAGCGCAGCCAAGUUUACGUCGUGCGCGAACAGAGUUGCCACCUUUCUUUCUAGUUUCGUCUCUUUGAGCAGCAACAACAGCAAAAUGGUCCAACGUCUGACGCUCCGGAGACGCCUGUCCUACAACACACGCUCCAACAAGCGGCGCAUUGUUCGCACGCCCGGUGGACGUCUGGUUUACCAGUAUGUGAAGAAGAACCCCACCGUGCCCCGUUGCGGCCAGUGCAAGGAGAAGUUGAAGGGUAUCACCCCAUCCCGCCCCAGCGAGCGCCCCCGGAUGUCCAAGCGCUUGAAGACCGUGUCCAGGACCUACGGUGGAGUGCUGUGCCACAGUUGCCUGCGCGAGCGCAUCGUGCGCGCCUUCCUCAUCGAGGAGCAGAAGAUCGUUAAGGCCCUGAAGAGCCAGCGCGAGGCGCUCGUCAAGCCGGUGAAGGCCCCCAAGGCCAAGCCCGAGCCCAAGAAGAAGCCCGCCGCUGGUGCCAAGGGUACCAAGGCCGGUGCCGGCAAGGUCACCAAGGGUGGUGCUGGCGCCAAGGGAGCCGCUGGCAAGAAGCCCGGCCAGAAGCCAGCCGCCGGCAAGCCCAGGAAGUGAAAAGCCAACUAGCUACGAGUUCGGUGUACUGCUAAAUAACUUUUAAAAUAAAUUGUUUUUUCCAACUGGA